AUGGGCCAGGCUUAACCAACUUAAAUGGGAUAAUCCCCAGAAACAUAAUAGAAAAACACAAAAUCUACUCAACAUUAAUAAAGUAAUCAAAGUCAUGAAAUUCAAGAAUCUAAUUCAGAAAAUGCAUAAUAGAUUAUCUAAAAUACAAAUUAAAACUAAAAUUAGUAAGAAGAGCUAUAAAAUAUUGACGAAGAAGAAAUAUAAAAUGACAAAGAUAUAGAAAAUAUUUGGUUGACUAGAAUUUUUGAAAUCUUUACCAAUACCUAAUAGAUUUAUGGUAAGUAAGUAGAUUUUAUACCCCAAGAUUAGUAAUUAACAGUUGAUAUUUUAAUAGAAUAAGUAUACUAUUAAUUCUUAACUUCCUCUUAAUUUACCGAAUAGGAAAAACUUGAAUUUCUUAUCAAAUCUUUAAUUUCUCUUUCGGAUUUCGAAGAUUAGGAUGGAUUAGUUAAAUUAGCUGAAGGUAAAAUUAAAAAAGACAAGUAUUUAAAAAUUUUGAAUCAUAUUUAAGAUUAGCUACUAACUUGUACAUUAUAUCCUGAUGCAUUUGAAUGGUAAAAUAUUGAUGAAGAUCCUAAUAUUUUUGAUGACAUUAAAAACUACAGAGCAGAAAUCGUAUUUAAUUCCCUAAUUUAUUCGAAUAAUUUAGUUAAGGCUUAAAAAGCUCUCAAAAGCUUAUUUGAUUAUUUGGAAACAUCAGCAAGUGAAGAUGAUUCAUUUAAAUUUAUUGAACUCAUGUUGAAAAGAGAACUUAGAUCAUAUAAACGAUUAUCUUUUGAUAAUAUUCAAUUAUAAAUACAUUCACUAACUCUCCUGUAAAAUUUGGCAUAAUAUUAAAAACUUAUGGAUAAUCUAUUAUUGAAUAGUUGGGCUUUUGGAAAGUAUGAUUAAAUUAGUACGGGCAAUCAUUUUUAAUAAAGAACUCUACUUGGAUUAUUAUUAACUUUAAGUACCUUUCCAACAGAUGGACAUCAAUGGAAAAACUAUUUUUCAGAUGAUAAAGAAUAAAUGAAAGAUCAAAUGUGUAGUUUAAGAACUAAAAUAUUUAAAAUCAUUGAAGAUUUAUGUGUUUUAUUUGAGACUAUAUAUAAUUCAAGCGAAAAACUUAGAUUGAAAUUGUUUGAAUUAUUUUAAAAAAUAAUCAAAUUAAAUUUAAAUUUAGAAAAAUAAUUGAAUGUCUAGUUGUAAAAAUUAUCAUCAAGCCCAGGAUUAGUAUUUAAUUUUUUAUUCAUUCUUACUUAUCUAUUUAACUAAUUCAUUAAUUCAUAAGCAAAAAUCUAAGAAUUUUUAAAGAAAAUAGAUUUAAAUGUAUUAAGCUAUUGUUAGAAACAUCCUUUCUUUUCAUCUUUAUAUUAAAAUGUUGAUUUAUUAGCACCUGAACUAACUCCCUUUAUUGAACCAGAAGAGUAUAUAACUGUGAUUGACCCAAUUACAACCUUAUUUUUAUUAACUUAAAGGAUGACUCAUGUUGUAGCUACUAGUUUAGAACAAUUUUACAUCUCUACGAUAUUAUAAGAACUAAAAGAACUACCUCCAGAAGCUAUUUAUGCUUAGGCAUACAGUAAAAUCUUAAAAUAGAAGGUUUCUUAUGAUUUAUAAAUCUUACAUCCUAAGAGCAUUCAAUAUAAUAUGCAAUUUUUAAGUUUUGCCAAUUAAUUAGCUUUAAGUUUGAUAGAUUAAAAUUUAAAUCCAAUUUAUCCUUAUGGAUAAUUACCUUCCAUAUUUUUAAUUGAUACUUAAAUAUUUUUUUCAAUUUAUUCCUUUAAUGAUGAAGUAAUAAACCAUUCAUUAGAAUUAUAAAAAUGUUUGGAGUUUGCAGCAAUUUCAAUGAAUAAAAAAUUGAUUGCAAAUCCUCAUCUCAGAAUAAGAAGUAUAAGUUUAUUUUAGAUUAUUGAUGAAAAAAAAGGUUCUAUUUUAUCAAGGGAAGUUAGAUAGACUUGGAAUUAAUCAACAUAAGUUAAUAUUUUAUUUUAUUCUAAAAAUCUUCAAACCUAUUUGAUUGAUGGAAUUCUUCAAUCUUUUGUGGAUACAGAAAAAGUAGCUGAAGAAAAUUAGUUCUUCCAAAAAUUACACAUUAGAUUUAAAUUUUGCUUAGUAAUGAGGUAUCUAUUUUAAGAACAUAAAGAUCAUUAUAGAAAAUGUUUGAUUGAUGGAUAUAAUGAUAAAUAAGAAAAAUACUUACACUUUUCUAAUCACUUUUUAAGCGAUUUGAUUUAUUUAACAGAGGAAUGCUUUUAAUCCAUCAAAAAUAUAAAAAAAAUCUUUGAAGAAUAAGUUUAAUUUUUCUUAGGUCAUUAAUAUCAUAAAUUUUUGAAAGAGUUUAUAAUUAAAUCUCAAUACUUCUAUGAAUAUUUAAGAACACUGGAAGUUGUGACAUCUGUUUAACCUAGCAUAUUUUUAAUUGAUGAAAUCAGAGAGAAAUUAGCUAAUUAUUUAAACUAUAUUUUAGAUAAAAUCAAUGGUAAGUAAUCGAAUGAGUGUUAAGUGCAGAUUUUACAAGAAAAAAACAUUGAUAGAUUAUUCAUUCUAGAAUAUUUAAUGAAAAUUUAUAUGAAUUUAAGUUAAAAUUUACAAUUUUUAUGUGAUGUAGUUAAAGAUGAAAGGUAAAAUUGAUAUUUGAUAAAUUAGAUGUUUUUCUGUUGACUUAUUUAAAUAAACAUAAAAUUAGUUGUAAAAAAUAAUUAAUUGUGAAAAUAAAUAAAGGUCCCUUUAAGACUUAAUUAAUUAAUUAGAGGAAGAGAAUUAUAAAUAAAAAGUUAUAAAUGAAAAUCCAGAUGAAAUACCAGAAGAGUUUGUAGAUCCACUAUGUUUUUCAUUAAUGAGAGAUCCAGUGAAACUUCCUCAUUCAAAUGUAUUAAUUAGAUAAAUUAUUAGGUGAUUGUGGAUAGGCUAACAAUUAAAAAGCAUCUUUUGAAUCAAUCAAUUGAUCCUUUUGAUAGAACACCAUUAAAAUUAGAAAUGGUGAUUGAACAGAAAGAAUUGAAAAUAAAAAUAGAGUAGUAUUUAGAGAAAAAUUUGGAAAAAUAAAAAAAUAAACAGAAAUUUAUUUAAGAAUAGAAAUGA